UAUGCAUGUGAGAGUCUGCACGUAAGCCUUCAGACUUUUCUUUUUUAUAAAUCCAGCCCCAACCACCAGAUGGCCAACAGAUAGGACCAGGACGGAGCACCGGAUUCAUCUUCUCACCGUCACCGAGGUUCACGGGGACCACUACGGACACAUUCCUGCUGCAGGAUGCUCGGGAUUAGGAUGGAGCUGCCGUGUUUGUGUCUAUUGAUGCUGAGCUGCCUACAGUCGCUCUCAGCCCACAACGACUUCUUCACCUCCAUAGGCCAGAUGACAGAUCUGUUAUACACGGAAAAAGACCUGGUCACGUCUCUGAAGGAUUACAUCAGAGCGGAGGAGAACAAACUAGAGCAGGUCAAAAGGUGGGCUGAUAAGCUGGACUCUUUGACAGCCACAGCCACACAGGACCCCGAAGGCUUCCUGGGACACCCUGUGAAUGCCUUCAAGCUGAUGAAGAGGCUCAACACAGAGUGGGGGAACCUGGAGAGUCUUGUGCUCAGUGACACCACUGAUGGAUUCAUUUCCAACCUGACCAUCCAGAGACAGCAUUUCCCCACAGACGAGGACCAGACCGGAGCUGCUAAAGCUCUCCUUCGGUUACAGGACACGUACAGGCUGGAUGCUAACACCAUCUCUACGGGAGAUCUACCCGGAGUGAAGCACAAGAGCCCCAUGACAGUGGAGGACUGUUACGAGCUGGGGAAAAUUGCCUACUCUGAUGUGGAUUACUACCACACAGAGCUGUGGAUGGCCCAGGCCCUGAAACAGCUGGACCAGGGAGAGGAGUCCACACUAGACAAGGCCACUGUGCUCGACUACCUCAGCUACGCCAUCUACCAGCAGGGGGAGAUAGAGCGUGCUCUGGACUACACCAAGAGGCUGCUUGAACUGGACCCAGAGCACCAGCGCGCCAAGGGCAACCUGAAGUACUUUGAGUUCCAGCUGGAGAAGCUGAAAAAGGCCAAGGAGGAAGAAGUUGAAAAAGAGAAGACGACGGAGGAAAAGGAACCGCCUAAAAAGAGGACGAAGAGGUCCAAAAAGACAUUUUCUCUGAUCCCGGAGAGGAAGAAGUACGAGAUGCUCUGCCGUGGGGAGGGUAUCAGAAUGACGCCCCGCAGGCAAAGUCGACUCUUUUGCCGUUACUAUGACAACAAUAAAAACCCCAUGUACGUGCUCGGACCUGUUAAGCAGCAAGACGAGUGGGACCGCCCUUACAUCGUUCGCUACAUCGACAUCAUCUCCGACGCAGAAAUUGAGAGAAUCAAGCGACUGGCAAAACCACGAUUAAGGCGAGCCACGGUGCAUGACCCCGAAACUGGGAAACUUACCACAGCUCAAUACAGAGUCUCCAAGAGUGCUUGGCUCACUGGCUAUGACGACCCAAUGAUUGAUAAGAUCAACCAGAGGAUCGAGGAUCUCACAGGGCUGGAGAUGGACACUGCAGAAGAGCUGCAGGUGGCAAAUUACGGUGUCGGAGGUCAAUACGAGCCUCACUUUGACUUCGGAAGGAAAGACGAGCCAGAUGCGUUUAAAGAGCUUGGCACUGGGAAUCGCAUAGCAACGUGGCUCUUCUAUAUGAGCGAUGUAUCAGCAGGUGGAGCCACAGUAUUCCCAGAUGUAGGCGCCUCAGUGUGGCCUCAAAAGGGUUCUGCCGUGUUCUGGUACAAUCUGUUCGCCAGUGGGGAGGGAGACUACAGCACCCGACAUGCUGCUUGUCCAGUGUUGGUGGGCAACAAGUGGGUAUCAAACAAGUGGAUCCAUGAAAGAGGCCAGGAAUGGCGGAGACCCUGUGGCACAAGUGAAACCGAAUGAUGGAAAAAGACAGCCUCCUCCUCGCCUCCCCGCUCCUCUCACCACUUCCUUGUGAACCACCCAGGACCAAAGAACACUGCUGCAGAUCACAGAUGAUACAAUGUGUCCUAAUGGCUCACUCCCUCAUGACAAACACUGAUUUUUUUUUCUCCCCUCCACCUGUUAGUCUCUGAGUCUAGAGAUUGUUUUUAAUGCCGAGCCCCUGGACAGUAUUAGCGUUGCUGUGGCAAAUAACAUUUUUUUUUUUUUUUUUAAAGGUUGUUGGAUGGUUUUAAAAGAACAUUUGUCACUCCCGUGUGUCUUUUUUUUGCACUCUGAAUGAACUUGAGCGCUGUGGUGAGGUUAUUUUUCACUAGCGACUGUUAGGACGAGCUUCCUCCACUCUCUAUGAACCUUAAAGGGACAGUUUACAUUUUUAACUUGUCUGAUUCAUUGCAUUAAAUACGUCUCUUUUACACGUAGCAAAGGAUUAAACAAAAUCCGAGCUGUAAACUAUUUUUUGUACUUUGUAAAAUGACGCGCUCCACUUUCCGAGCAGUUUAAUUUGCUCGGACUUUCCGAAAAACUGGCACACUCUUUCACACUGGUUUCCUCUUUUUCUUUGUCUGCAUGUGGGAGCAAUUUCUGCUACUGCUCCUUCAACUUAGAAUUAAAAACUAAACAUAGUGCUGUGUGGCAGGAAUAAAAUGGCAUCCGGUGGUGUUGGUAUUGGUAUUGUGGGUGAUGUGAAAAAAAAAAAUUUUCAUAAGAGCUGAUUUAAGUUGCAUGCUCGGUGUAUGCAGUAUGAUAUCAUAGGUUGUUCUGUCUCAGUGCUAUACUGUUUCUUCACUCUUGGCAUUGCACUAGAAUGUAGAGCCUGAACAAAUGCACGGGCACGUUUCCAGACACACUCCCAAAUCUGCAUGAAAUAUCGAUUUCAGAAAUGCAAUCUGAAUGUCCCCGAGUUGGGCGGAAGAAGAAGAAUGAUGGAAAAAACGAAAUUUAGGCAAUAAAUACACCACACUGAUCCGUACCAUAUUGGCUGUUUGUUGCACGGAUGUGAGCGUGUCCGUGCUGGCCAAUUCUUUCAGUGUUAGAACAUGUGGGGUUCCCAAGGAAGAAUCAUUUUUAUUUAUAUGUCUCCAUUUUUAUGUGGUUUAUGUGCAGAUUGAAAGUCUUUUUUUUUUUUCUACAAUAAAGGUUUGUUUCAUUGA